CUGGAACAAUUGCAGGUAAUAUAUCUAGGAACUUUCUUUGAAAAAGUGUAUAAGAAAUCAGUAUGAGACGUUUCUUUGUUGGUCAGCAUGAAUCGUGAAACGUGUAUUCGUUAAAGAGCGAGAUCAUGUUCGACACCGAACAACCAGAUAAGUAAUGUCACGUAGUUGUUAUUAGAAGUAUAAUUAUAGUUGGGGGACUUCGAUGUACUGUAAAUUACACAAAAAAGCGUCAGAAUGGCGAAGUAAAGUUGCAAAUGGAAAAUGGCGAAAAUCGUGAAAGGAUCCGAAUCGUUGCCUACGGUUCUGAUUUGUGAAUAUUGCGCUAACCUUACGUUCAAGCAAAUCGAAGAUUUUAUAAGACAUUUAAGAGACCAGCACUGCUCUAGGGAAGGAGGUUCAUUUGUGUGCCUUUAUGGUUAUAAUGGAGUAUGCACUAGUCUUCCUGUGGAGGGUGUUUCUGAUAAAGAUUAUGUAGCACAUGCUACUAAACACGCAACCAUGCAACAACAAAGUAAAAGCAAUGGCCAAUUGUCAGAACCUUCUUCCUCAUGGACUGUGUAUUCUGCUGCACAGAAUUUACCAGCUGUUUUAAAUGACCCCUUUAAAGGGAAACAAAGUAACUUUUUAACUCGUACUUGGGGAGAUGGAUUUGUAGAAAAAGUUGAUAUACCUAAAAGUCCUUAUCUUCCUGAAAUCACAAUGCAACAUUUUGAAUCAUAUUUAAAGAAAAUUACAAGGAGAUACCGAAAACAUUCUCGUAUGAAUUCAAAUGCUAAUAGACCAACUACACCUAAUGAAUUGUUACAAAAUUUCCCAAAUUUGAGAAAAGUUAAAUCUUUAGAUCGAAUGCAGUUUGAUUUAUCUAAUAUACCAAAAAUCUUUUUAACACCUAAUUUGGAUCUUUCUCAAAAAGAUAAUUUUUAUGCUGUAUUUCCAUUUACAAAGAAUGGUCUACUAAAUGAAGAUGCCAAUAUUGUCAUGAAUGUAAAACAAAUGCAAGAGAAGCUAAGUCACUAUUUAGAUGUUGUGGAAGUUAGAAUAGCUGAACAAGUUGCUUCUAAAUCUCAAGCAUUUUUUCAUGCUAUGACUUCUCAUGAUGCCCUAAUGGAGCAACUUGCGCAAACUAUUACUGUAUUAAAAGCUCUUAGAAAAAAUAUACAUCAAGUUGAUAAACAUCUAGUCAAUGAUUCUUUAGAAAUCUUAAGAUUGGAGAGAGCAAGAUUUAAUCGAUUGUUGGUUCAAGAAAAAUUGAAGCUUAUGGCUACAGUACACCAAAGUCAACCAAUGAUACAAUUAUUGUUAUCUACACCAGACUAUGUUGCAGCAUUAGAUCUUAUUGCUACAACACAAGAAAUACUCUUACAGGAAUUGAAUGGAGUACAUAGUUUUAGGCAUUUAAGUUCUCAGUUAACAGAAAUGGAAAAACUUGUUGAUAAAAUGUUAUCUACGGAAUUUCAAAGAUAUGCAACUGCAGAUUUAAAUAGACCAUUAGGGGGAGAAAAUACAGUUUUGGAUGGUGAUAAACUUGUUUCCAUCAUUUCUGGUCUUCUACGGCAAAAACAUUUUCAAUUUGUGGAUACAUAUAAAGAAGAAGCUGUGACGACAGUCCGAGCUGUAACAAAACAGAGAGUUAUAGAAGCUUUAGCAGCGAGUGAUUGUUGCAGUGAUCAACAAGCUGCAGCUUUGGAAGUUGGUGGACUUUCUCUCGCGGAAAGAUUAACAUUACUCCAUAAUGCUAUACAAUCUUUAACAUUCCUUUUAAUGCGAGUUAAGGCUGUUCACGAUGUAAUGCGAGAUACAGUAGAUCUUGCGGCAGGUCGAAUAUGUGACGGCAGUUUCGAUGAUACGAUACCUGAUCGUUUAUUAACUCGGAUAGAACAUUCGCGAGUAACAAUCAAACUCAAUGAUAUGAUUACUUCCGUCUGUGAUUAUUGUCAUGAGCGAAUGGGAAAUCUGCUUUCUGCAGGUGCAAAUGAUAAAGAUAAAUCACAAAAUGAGAAGGAAAAAUUGAAUAAUGAAAAUUUAAAUAAUAAACAAGAAGAAAAAGAAUGUCAAAGUUGGAAUGAUAAAUCUUCUUGGUUGAGUAAAAGAGCAACAACGGCUCAAGUAUGUCAACUAGCCAAUUUAGUUGAAGAAUUUACAGAAACUUGUGAAAAACUCUGUGGUAAACAAUGUACAGGAUUGCGGUCUGCAUUCAAGGCACAAGCUAGUAAAUUCAUUCAAAGAUUUCAUACUGAACUCAAAACGAAACUUACACUUUUAUUGGAAUCUGAGAGAUGGAAGCAAGCUGAGGUACCGCCGGAAUUUCAAUCAUUAGUAACAUAUGUAUUUGAAAAUAAUACUUUUCCACCAAAUCCAUUUAAAGUUGAUGACAAAGUCAAAGACAAUGUUAAAAAAGAUAAUAUUCAAUAUUUCAUAAUGGUUGGAGAUGAAAAAUAUGCUGUUGUUGGCACAGCUUUAAUGCUUAUACAAAUGAUUCACGAAUAUUGCAGAACUGGAAAUGAACUAGUUGCUUUAUCAGGAACAAUUGGAAGGCACUUAGCUGAAUUAUUGCGGCAUUAUAAUUCACGUUGUUGUCAACUUGUCCUUGGGGCUGGUGCAAUGCAAGUUGCUGGUUUAAAAACUAUUACCAGUACAAUACUUGUAUUAGCAGCACGUAGUUUAAAAUUAAUUCUAUGGUUUAUGCCUUUUGUUAAGUUACACUUUCAAAUGUUUGCGGAACAAAACCCUAGUCGUGGUGCGUCUAGUAUAAGCGGUGGUGUUGCUUUAUUGGAUAGUGUCGAAAGAGAUAUCCGUGCACAUGUGAAAGAAAUUGAAAGCAAAAUUCUUACAAUUGUCGACAAUCUAUUAGGUGGUCAGAUAUCUAAGUGGACUGCGAGGCCGCCGGUACCAUCGAAAUCAUUUAGAAACAUCUCUAGUUAUUUAAUGAAACUACAUGAAGCAGUUUCUGGAAUUCUCCCGGCAGUUGAAGUACAAACUCUAUAUCGUACAGUAAACACAUCCUUUAAAGAAAAACUUAGAGAGCAAUUAGUCAAAAUGAAUAUAGUAAAUAAUGGUGGUCCACAACAUGGUGUAGUUACAUCUGAACUUACAUUUUACCUUGAAGCAUUGAGAAAAUUAAAAGUACUACCAAUUAAUGAGUUAGAUGACAAUUGGAUGAGUGAUAUAUGGACCAGAUAACAUGCAGAGCGCGUGAUAUAUUGCAUAAUAGAAGCAAUGAAAUAUUGUAGAAAAAGUGAACAAAACGUUAGAGACAUUGCUUUGCGUGUUUGUUUAGAAGACGAGCAACGAC